UCCCAUUAUGUAGCAAAGAUGUAGUUAGCUUGUAGUGGCCAUGUAAUAAAUAAAGCAAAUGUAAACAUUCGAAAAAACCACAGAAAAAAACAAACACAAGAACUAACUUUUCAAGAAAACAAGAGAAUUAAUCUGAAAACCACAACGAAGGCCCUAAGAUAAUUCCAAAGUGAAAACCCCUCAGAGCAUUGCAUUUACAUUCCAGAAAUCAAGCGUCUCUCGGCUCUGCGAACGAGAACGCGAACGUGUUUGGGGCUAGUUUUUUGUGCAAAAGUGGACGUAGUGGCUGUCGGGCCGCAGCAACUAACUGUGAUUUGGGGAGACAUAGCCGCCGCCGCGGCCACAGGAGCGCCCAGUCCUCAACCGAUUCGCUGGCGUAGGCCAAGUAAACGGGGGCGUCGCGUGCCCGCUUAUAUAUGUGUGUGUGGUGUGUGUAUGGACAAGAACAAGUUGCAGCACUCGCGAGUUUGCAGUGGUAUUAGUGGUGCUCGGUGUGGCAGUGUGCGUGCUGGGUCUUGAUGUCUGCGCUGUUUCCCAGGCGACGACCAAGAGGUGAGCACACAGGUGAAUUAUCGGUGCAAUACGCUGCCUUGGCAACAGAGCCCCGGCCACAGUCGCAUCCAACAAUAGACGACUCACCCCGACCCACCAUUGACGACAACAACAAGUAGCGGCCAGCGAGAAUAAGCAAAUAUAACGAAAAUGUUGCGUUUUCUGAGCCGUCGCAAGGUGCGCAACAACUACGCGGAUAAUGCCAGCAGCCCCCGCGCCGGUGGCAUGGGCGGUGGCGGGGCCGUUGCGGCCAGCGGCUCCCAGAUUAAGCCGCAGCGCAUCGUCGUGAACAAGAACAAAAUCGACUGCCGCGUCAUACUGCUGGACAAUACUGACCUUUCCAUCGAAUUAUCGAAAAAAGCGUUGGGCAGCUUCCUCUACGAGCAGGUCUUCUAUGCGCUGGACAUCAUCGAGAAGGACUACUUUGGCCUGCAGUUCAUGGACGCCAAUCACGUCAAGCACUGGCUGGACCCCACCAAACCCAUCAAGAAGCAGGUGAAAAUUGGACCUCCGUACACUUUCCGCCUUAAGGUAAAGUUCUACUCUUCCGAGCCCAAUACGCUGCGCGAGGAGCUCACGCGCUAUCUAUUCUUCCUGCAACUGAAGCAAGACCUGCUGGAAGGCCGCCUCGACUGUCCGGACGACAAGUCCACCGAGCUCUGCGCCCUGGCCUUGCAAUCUGAGCUGGGCGACUACGAUGAUCAGGAACACUCGGCGGCCACCGUCUCGGAGUUCCGGUUCGUGCCGGAGCAGACGGAGGAUCUGGAAAUAUCCAUUCUGGAGGAGUACAAGACGUGCCGCGGCCUGACGCCUGCCCAGGCUGAGACGGCGUUCCUCAACAAGGCCAAGUGGCUGGACAUGUACGGCGUGGACAUGCACACCGUGCUGGGCAAAGACGGAUGCGAGUAUCACUUGGGGCUGACGCCCACUGGCAUCCUUGUGUUCGAGCGGGACCAGAAGAUAGGUCUGUUCUUCUGGCCAAAGAUCAGCAAGUUGGACUUCAAGAAAAAAAAGCUUACGCUCAUCGUCAUCGAGGACGACGACGAUGGUCGCGAGCAAGAGCACACCUUCGUCUUCCGCCUGUACAACGAGAAGGCCUGCAAGCACUUGUGGAAAUGCGCCGUGGAGCAUCACACCUUCUUCCGGCUGCGGGCGCCUGUGAAAGGCCCGUCGGCACGCCAGAACUUCUUCCGCAUGGGCUCGCGCUUCCGCUACUCCGGCCGCACCGAGUUCCAGACCACCCAGCAGAGCCGGGCCCGCCGCACGGUUCAGUUCGAGCGUCGGCCCUCCCAACGCUUUGCCAGUCGGCAGUCCCAUCUUCUGCGAGAGCGGCAAAAGGCCUCCCAAGAGUCGGCCGCAUCAGCCGUGGCCUCGAUCAAUGCUCGGGCUGCUGCAGCCGCCGCCGCUGCUGCAGCUGCCUCACAGGUUCACCCGACUCCAGUUCCAUUGACUCCAGUGGCUGCUCCCGUUCCGAGCAACGACAACAACAGUGACGUCUUCGAUUCGCUGAUUUCCACGGAUCAGUUCAUCACUGUAACCCCUUCGCCCUCUGUGCUCACUGUCAUACAGAACUCCGCCAUCAUCGAACCCGAUGCUGCCUGCAGUGCUUCCAUCAGUUCCUCCUCACAGGCAGGGGCCGCCUGCGCCUCCCUGGGUCGCAACUCUCUAAAGUCCAACUUUAGCAACGAUGAUCCGGCGUACAGCAAGAUUGGCUCCAUUGGCAAGGCGGCUGGCUUGACUGUGAAAUUGGAGCCGGAGUAUGCGCCUCCGUAUUCGCCGAAUGCUACCAAGAACUUUGAUGAGACCAAUCCGUUCAGAAGUGCGGCCUCUCACCAUGGCAGCUUUGGCAAGGCCUCCAUUAGCUCCGGCCAGCUCAGUGUUAAGAGCGGCUUGUCGGAUAAAGAUAGGGAGCUAGACUCAUUACUUAAGUCCAUUGUCAAAGAUCCAUCCCCAUCAGUGCUAGCAAACGAAGCCAUUAACGAUGCUAACAGUAUCAGGGUGACCAUCAACAAGACUUUCGACAUGGACCACAACACGGAGACACUGAAGCGCCUCUCGAACGCCAACGAGAAGCCCAACAACCAAGUGAAGCUGGCCAAUGUGGGCGCCACGGCCCUGCCGCCAGGCAACAUCAAGUGCAAUAUCCUUAAGGCUCGCGUUGAGGAGGAAUUGGGCGCCGGCGGCAACGCAAAGCUGACCAAUCAGAUGUUUGUGCCUGCCGCUAGCUCCGUUUCCCACUCCGGUAUGCACACAAGCAUCACCAGCAGUCACAGCAACAACAGCAGUCAUGCACACAGCGAUGGACCGGAUUCCCUGAACGCCACCUACAUAUCAGUGAAAAGCAAGAGCAAUUACCCGGAGAGCAGCCGCAUUCCGUCCAGCAACAGCAACGAUAUGGUCUCACCCUGGCUGGUCUCCUCGGAAGUUGUGUCGGCCCCCAAGGGACGCGAGCCGACUAUUAUACGAAAGUCCGUUAUUACAACUCAGUUGUAAUUAUUGUUUAGUCUUAACUUCUAACCCUUUUAAAAAUGUAAGCCUACAUGUUCUUAUUUAUAUUUAUAUACAUAUACAUAUACAUAUACAUACAUAUGCUAGGUACGGAAGUUCUAUACAGACGAAACGUACUCGUACUCUACUCGUAUUUUUUAAUAUAGACAAACGCUAGACAACUUUUAAUCAUUCCAUGAGAGAGUAGCAAGAGAGCUACAAAGCGACAAAACGACAAUGAGAGAAAGCAGGUCCAAUCAAAAUGUAAACUGUCCAUAAAUGUGCCUUAACGAUCUAUAUAGUAUAUACAUAUUUAUACAUACAUAUACAUAUUCGUCUAGUACAUUUGAACGAAACGAAAACGGGAACGAGAUGUGCUAAAAACAGUGUACUUAAAAUAAAGUUAACGAUUCAAAAUGUAUUCAUUUGCUAACUAUAAGUGUAUAGACUGGAUUUUAACCAACAAAAGCAAAACAAACAAGAAGUGAUGAAGGCGCUCUGCUUAAUAUAGUACUAGGCCUAUGUUAUAGCUAAGAAAUGUGAGCUCCCCUCAAUGCAGUAUUCCAACUAAUCGACCACUCUUAAGAACAACGAAUCCGAUCCGUGCAUAUUCGAACUAAAUUCUAAAAUCAACAAAAAUUGACUGAAAUUGUAUACAAACUGAAUUGAGAUGAGAAUCGAAAAUUUGAAAAUGUGCUGCUACCCGCCGGGUAUCCUACCUACUCGUAGGUCCAAACAAUAUUAUCCAUCGAAAUUUUAAGUACAAGAGCGGUGUACUCAAUUAUUUUUUGUCUAAGCAUACAGAGAGGAUGUUGAAGCAUUUAAAUGUAUAAAAUAUUCAAUAAAAGUGCAUUUAUGCAUUAUACAUUUACACA